UCUGAUACCAUGGUCAACUCCUGUUGUGGCUCCAGCUGCUGUGGCUCCAGCUGCUGCCAGCCUUGCUGCCGCCCCACCUGCUGCCAGACAACGUGCUGCAGGACCACCUGCUGCCGGCCCACCUGCUGUGUGUCCAGCUGCUGCCGCCCCUCCUGCUGUGGCUCCAGCUGUUGUGGCUCUAAUUGCUGUGGCUCCAGCUGCUGCAGGCCCAGCUGCUGCAUCUCUAGCUGCUGCCGCCCCACCUGCUGCCAGACCACCUGCUGCAGGACCACCUGCUGCCGCCCCUGCUGUGGGGGUUCCAGCUGCUGUGGCUCCAGCUGCUGCCAGCCUUGCUGCCAGACCACCUGCUGCAGGACCACCUGCUGCCGCCCCACCUGCUGUGUGUCCAGCUGCUGCCGCCCCUGCUGUGGGGGCUCCAGCUGCUGUGGCUCUAAUUGCUGUGGCUCCAGCUGCUGCCAGCCUUGCUGCCGCCCCACCUGCUGCCAGACCACCUGCUGCCGGACCACCUGCUGCCGCCCCACCUGCUGUGUGUCCAGCUGCUGCCGCCCCAGCUGUUGCUAG